CACACGUGGAGCUCGACUCGGAGGCACAGAGCUAACGGCUGAGGGAGCGAGACGCAGAGCACGCGACCAAGUUUCAACGAAGCUGCGGAUAGACAGAUCCAACACAGCGGAUGUGAGUAAAGAACUUAAAAAGACAGAACACUUGUCAGUAGGAGGAUUUCUUAUGUCGUUUCACAAAAAAAAAAAAAGAAGAAAAAAAAAUCCAGUGUUCCAUGAGGUAUCCAUGUUGACGUGCACCUCAUGCUAGGAAGGAAUCAAAAGUGAGCAGACCGAGUCACGAUCCGGCACGCUGUAUAAUUUCUAGAUCCACGGCAUGACUGCAUGACUCUGGAGCGCCUCUGAGAUCUGAGCCAAAGAGUGCUCGAGAAGGUUUUUACACAACAAUGUCAUUUGCAAUGGUGCGUCCAGCCCCGAGCCGCUACCUGUACUCGGACAUCUCCAUGAUGUCCGAGGACGAGGAGAACGGCAGCGAGAGCUCGGGUUCGGACGACCGCUCCUUCCGACUGGACGCUUCUGCCUACGAGCUCAAGGUGGGCGGCAGGAAACGCAAACCGGGCAGUGGAGGAGGAGGAGGGCAGAUUGGUGCAGUGCUGCCAGGCGCUACAAACGGUCCACCAGGGGAGGUGCGGCAACGUAACGCCGCCAACGCGCGGGAGCGAGAUCGUACAAACAGCGUGAAUACGGCCUUUACAGCACUCAGGACUCUUAUCCCUACCGAGCCAGCAGACAGGAAGCUGUCCAAGAUUGAGACUUUGCGCCUUGCUUCCAGCUACAUCUCACAUCUUGGCAACGUCCUGUUGGUCGGCGAGGCCUGUGGUGACGGGCAGCCGUGCCACAGCGGCGGAACUUCAGCAGCCUACUAUCACCAUCACGGAUCUCCGACGCGAGAUUCGGAGAACUCGCAGCCCAAACAGAUCUGCACUUUCUGCCUCAGCAACCAGAGGAAAAUGAGCAAAGACAGAGAAAGAAAAACAGCCCUGAGGAAUUAAACACACAAACACACACACAGGAUGAAACAGAUGGACUUGCAGUGAAUCGAGGACAAUCACAAACUGUUCACUUGACUUUACAGUGUACAUAUGCAAAUUAAAAAAAAAAAAAAACAUAUUUAAUUGACUAUGUAAAUUACACUCGGACCCUUACCCGACCCUUGGGCUGGAACGCGAUUACGAUGACAACUGAACCUCUCACACAGCAGUGUCGAACCAUCACAGAAUCCAGCUAGUGCAGAUUCACUUCUACACCUGACAGGAACCCCACAUUUUCCAGCUUCAGCACAAAGAUAUUCAGCAAAAUAUAAAAGCUGGACCACAAAAAAAAAAAAAACCACCACCUCCGGAGACGAGCGACUGAACCCCAGGAAGAGAAGCAGCGCUGCAGUGGAACUGUACAAUCAAUCAGAGAGCGAGUGCUUAAAGCAAGAAACUAGGAAGAAGAACUGGGUCCAGACAUCAGGAUGAAGAGACACCGUGAGCGCUUUAACCCGACAGGUUAACGGGGGACGAACGGCGAUCAGCGUGUCUAACAAAUCAGACUGGAUCCUUAGAAAUGUGUCUUGCGCAAUUAGUCAAAUGUGCCUUUAGUUAAAUAAUAAAAAGCCAAUAAUUUAAUAAAUUUAAACACAAUAUAAUGUAUGUUUAAUAUGGCAAAACUCAUAUACUCGCUGUUCAUUAAAUUAAAAACAUAACACAAAGACAA